UUUGAGCUUGAAGAGUGAACUUUGUUUCUUGUCUCAUCUCAAUUCAUCUUUACUUUUACUAUGAUGAUGUGAUUUUGUGUGUGUAUCUUUUUUGUUUUGUUCAUAUUGAUGAUUUCCAUUGAUAUGGUUUAUUGGAUUAAUCGAAAUUUUUAUAACCAUUAUAAUUGUUUCCUCUUUAUUAUCCUUUGUUUUCUGUUCUCAAAACAAUUUUCAUAAAAGGAAAGCGACAAAAUCAACAACCAAAAUCAAGUUUAUCUUUGCCUCAAGAAAAGAGGCUCAUCUCCACAAUGGACCGGACAGAGAUUAUUAUGUGUCAACCAUUUUGGAUUUUACUGUGUUUUGUGUUAAUUGUUAUUUCCUAUCCAAUUGAAGCUCAAAAGACAUCAGUGGUUUUACUUGAUUCAACAAAAGAGAGCUCAUUAGACUGGACCAGAUAUCCUUAUGGACCACAGUCUAAAACACCCGGGUGGGUGGAGGAAAGUUUCACCAAUUUUGAAAUAGGGAUCAACUGGAGGUCCUAUGUUGUCUGUGAUGUAGCUUAUAAGGAUGUAAAUAAUUGGCUUUGGACGCCAUUCAUUGAGCGACAUGAUGCUAACCGAAUCUACAUUGAAAUUAAAUUCUCAAUGAGAGAUUGUAAUUUAUUUCCAGGAAUGGCUUUAUCUUGUAAAGAAACUUUUUCCCUCCUUUAUCAUGAAUUUGAUUCAGCAAACAAGGAACAAGAUCCACCACCAUGGGAACCUGAAUCGUACAAAUUAAUUGACAGAAUCGCAGCUGAUGAAGGUCGAUUUACAUCUAAUAGCGAGACGAUAAUAAAUACGGAAGUUCGUAGUAUCCCUGUAAGUAAGAAGGGUGUUUACUUUGCGUUCCGUGAUCAAGGAGCUUGUCUUUCAUUGUUGGCGAUUAAAAUUUUCUAUGUGGCCUGUCCCAAUAUCACCACAAAUUUUGCGCACUUUUCAUCCUCUCCCACUGGUAAUGAAUUAACUGCAAUCGUACCCGCCGAAGGUACUUGUGUUCCCAAUGCAGUUGAACUCGAAAAGCCAAGAUUACUUUGUAAAGGUGAUGGUAACUGGACAUUACCCUCAGGCGGAUGUGUUUGUAUGGCGGGAUACGAACCAUUAGGACAAUCUUGCCAAGUUUGUCCACCAGGAACUUUUAAACCUUCACCUGGAAGUGAAUUAUGUGGACCAUGUCCAGCUCAUAGUGGUGCUCAAUAUCGAGGGUCAACUGAAUGUCGCUGUGACCGUGGCUAUUAUCGAGCAGCUAAAGAUCCUAAAUGGUUCCCAUGUACUCAACCUCCAUCAGCACCACAAAAUUUAACAAUUAAAUACGUUGACCAGUCAAGUGUCGUUCUAACCUGGUUACAACCUAAAUAUCUUGGAGGACGAAAUGAUACAAUUUAUCGUAUUGAAUGUGACCAAUGUCCAUCUACAACUAAUUACAGCCCUUCUUCUGAGGCAAUUAACGAAACUCGAGUAAACAUUUCAGGCCUUAAUCCAUCAUCUACUUACCGGUUUAUCGUUUACUCUGAAAAUGGUGUUUCUGGUUCUGAUUUAAGUCAAUUCAUCGAUGUAACCAUAACAACAGAAUCCUCAGGUUAUAUAUCGUUGGUUAUCACAGAAGAUGACAAUGGACACAAGUUUAAUGUUGAUAACAGGUUGGAUCCUGUUCAAAUGAGAAUCAUUCCUGGAGUGACCAUUGUCAUUGUGGUUUUAAUUGCGGUAAUUGGUGUGAUGAUUGUACUUUAUUUACGACGAAAUACUGAUGAAUGUAAUAAGAAACAACCAAGUGACUGUGAUACUCUUGAAUAUACUCGUUCAGGUGAAGUACCUUCACUUGAACAUCCACCGAUUGUGCCAACAGCGAGGUUCAAUUCACCCUUUACAGUGUCCACUCCGUUGUUCAAUCACUGUGGUACCUCUCGUGCCUACGUUGACCCUCACACAUAUGAAGAUCCUCACCAGGCAAUCCGUGAAUUCACCCGUGAAAUUGAUGCCUCUCAUAUCACCAUUGAAGCGAUCAUAGGAGGAGGUGAAUUUGGUGAUGUUUGUAGAGGGAAAUUAAAAAUUCCAGGUCGACCUGAGGUCACGGUGGCAAUUAAAACACUUAAACCUGGAGCCGCCGACAAGGCAAGAAUGGACUUCCUAACGGAGGCCAGUAUAAUGGGUCAGUUUGACCAUCCCAAUGUAAUUUAUUUACAAGGAGUAGUGACCAAAAGUAAUCCAAUCAUGAUAAUAACUGAAUACAUGGACAAUGGAUCUCUGGAUGCAUUUUUAAGGGCCAAUGAAGCUAAAUUUCAAAUCAUUCAAUUGGUGGCCAUGUUAAGGGGUAUUGCUGCUGGUAUGCAAUAUUUAUCAGAGAUAAAUUAUGUUCAUAGGGAUUUAGCAGCACGAAAUGUACUUGUCAAUGCUGCACUAGUUUGUAAAAUCGCUGACUUUGGACUGUCACGGGAGAUUGAAAGUGCUAAUGAAGGAGCUUAUACAACAAGGGGUGGUAAGAUACCAGUUAGAUGGACAGCACCAGAGGCUAUUGCUUUCCGCAAGUUCACAUCGUCCAGUGAUGUUUGGUCAUUCGGAAUUGUUUGUUGGGAAGUUUUAUCAUAUGGGGAGAGACCUUAUUGGAAUUGGUCAAAUCAAGAUGUAAUCAAGGGCAUUGAGAAAGGCUAUCGACUGCCCCCUCCAAUGGAUUGCCCUGAGGCUAUUCAUCAAUUAAUGUUGGAUUGUUGGCAAAAAGAUUGGGCUUUAAGACCAACUUUCCCACAGAUCGUUAAAACUUUAGACAAAUUAAUUAAAUGUCCUGAUAGUUUACAGAAAAUUGCACCAACAAGAUAUCAACCUUUGGAUCCAUUUAGUGAUCCGCCGGUGAUUCCUGAUGUUAUUCAAUUUAAAUCAAUAGAUGAAUGGUUAUCAAGUAUUAAAUUAUCUCGUUACAGAGCUAAUUUUGAAUCGGCUGGAUUAACUAAUAUCACUUCCGUCUUCCGGUUAAUGCCUCAGGAUCUCAGUCUAUUAGGAAUCACCGUUGUCUCUCAUCAGAAAAAAAUAUUAACCAGUUUACAAAAUUUACGAGCACAAUCAAGCAUUGGGACACCCGAAGGAUUCUUGGUUUAAUUACUAAUGAAAGACUAUAAAUUUAUUUAAUUUAGACUAAUUGGUUAAUUGUAAUCAAUUAAUUUCAAUGAUGAUGAUGAUGAUGAUAAUCAUUUCUUGGCUUCCAGAACUUAUUUUCCUGUGAUUUCCUUGAAACUUUUUCCAUGGCUUGGAUUCAAUUGAUUUUCUGGUUCCAUUGAAAUUUGGAAACAACUUAAUCAACUAAUUGUUACAAUCAACUGAUUUUUUUCCAACUAAUUGCUGGACUAAUUCCAAGUGUUAUCCAUCAUCUUGGCUGGACAAUUAAGGAAAUUGAUUACACUGGAAAUUCAAUCGACAGUCAAUUAAUGUCUCUUUUUUCACCAAAGCCUUCCAAUGAUUUUUUUUACCUUCUAAUUGUUACUAAUCAAUUUGAUUUAAUUUAGUCAACAAUCAAUGAUAAUUUGACAAUAUAUCGAUCAAUUGUUAAACCUUAAUUGCUUAGGUUUCAAUUGAUUAUUCUGUAAAAUCCUUUGCUAAAAUACCUCAGGCUCAAAUACGAUAAUUUACCUCUGGGAUCGAGAGUUAAUUGUGAUGAUAAUUAACUUUGAUUUUCAAUGUUUAUGAUGACAAUUAAUUCAAUUAAUCUGAAAUGCUCAAAUCAAUAUCUUGGUGCUUCUCUAUUAAUCAGAGAUAAUUAACUUAAAUUGUAAAAAUGAACUUUUUUUCUUUACGUUUCUUGAUUUGAUUCCAAGUUGAUUUGAUUCAGUUUCAUUUCUUGUAAAUUAACUUUGAAUUGUAAUUUUAAUUUUGUCUAAUUCUGUUCAAAUUGUUGUACCAAUUGACAAGAUGGUACAACAUGAUUAAUGUUAAUUGUAAUCAAUUAAUCAUUGAAUAGGAUUAUAGAGAGACAAGAAAAGUUAAUCUAAUUGUGAUUUUAAAUUGAAACUGAAACAAAAACAAACCAAUUAUGCAUUCAAAACUAAAUUAACUAAUUGUGUAAAUAAUAUCAAACUCUUAUAAAUAUUUAUAAUUGUAAUUUAAUAACUUGAAGCUAAAAAACAAAUCAACAACAAGUUUGUAAAGGUUAACCAACAAUCAACAGUUGAUUAAUUGUUAAUCAACUUUGUUUUUGUCUCUUUUUUUUUGUUUUCAAUUGAAAAAAAACUUUUGUAAAUCUAAUUGUAAAUUAAUCUUUAAUUACUUACCCUAAAUUUUAAUAAUCAAAGACAUCACUAGUAUAUAAUAUACACACACGAAUUGAAUUCAUCAGAGCAAUAUAAUUAACAAUUAACAAUUGUUUCUCCAAACAAUUAAAAAUGACAAACAGAUUGAUGAUAAUCAACUCAAUCAAUUUGUAUUGAUUAAACUUUUUUUCUGAU